UGGCUCUCAGCAGCAACUUUGAGUGUACAGCAAUGGCGUUUAAAGUGCCGAUUGGUCGCUACACGGAGGCCUCAGUUGAGGAGCUCCGGGCGUUCCUGAGCUGCACUCACAGGAAGCUGGGUGAGGGAUCGCUGCCCUGGCGCCUGGCUCAGAGGGGUCCCCAGUUGCUGCUGCUCAUCGCGGAGUUCGUGCUGGCGCCGAAGGUGGUGCUCUACGCGGGCUGCGAGGAUGGCCGGAUCAAGGUGCUGGAACUCCUGGAGCCCCUGCAUAAAGGUUCACGCCUGCAGGAGGUGCAGAUGGUCGCGACGUCUGGAAGCCCGCGGAGCCGUGCCAGCUUUUGGACGGUCGGUUGCCCACAGCGAGUCAGUGGACUUGCAGUGGGUGAUGGCUGCUUGUUAGCGGCCAUGUUCUCUGGAACCCUGCGGGUCUUCUCGCUGCCUUCGCACGACGAGCAGGUCAGCGUGCACCUGCAAGUGCUUCUGCCUCCCCAGUCCCCCGUAAUUGUGAGAGGGACCGGAUUGGUGGCAAGCAGAAGGGCCUUGUACGUGGUGGGGCUGAGCUGCGGCAACAUUUUGCAGGAAGCUCCGCUUCUUUUUGCAGCAAGGCCUUGCAUCAUAGCCGAGGCUUCACUUGUCUUUGUCCAGUGUGAUGAAGCUAUUCGGGUUUGGAACUGCUCUUCUCUUCUGAGUGGCGCAAGUUCCGAAGAAGGCACUUUGCAGCCUCAGGACUUCUGGAAUCCACAUCGGCAAAUGCUAGUGGGAAUGGCUGUGCUGCCCGGGGCCCGCUUUUUGGCCACCGCUUCCCCGGAGGAGGUCCGGGGCUGGGCCUGGCCGCAGACAAAAGCGCCAUGUCUUCUCUGGACGGUGCCCACCGGCGGCGCGGGCUGCGAGGCAACGUCGCUGCUGUGGCUUCCUUCCUUUGGCACGGGGCGCCUGGCGGUAUUUGGAGAGUGCAGCGGGGCGCUGGUGGUCUGCGAGCUUCAACUCUGCCACGCGUUCGCGGAGAAGCCCUGCUCUCUGAGCACGUUUCAACUCCCGGGAGGGCCCUCGGUGCCAGCUGCAACGAUGGUCCCUCCAGCAACGUCUGAUCUCAGCCUCACUGUUUGGUCGGAGGCAGGCUGGUUCUCGUUUGGCCUGAGCGGCCCAGCUUCUCCGCUCAAAGCGAACCUGGAGCAGACGGAAACAGGUACGGUCAUCUCAUCAUUGGCAUGUUAUGGGCCGUUGGCAACCAGCUCCCGAUUCUUCUAACGCCACUGCGAGUGAUCUCGCGCGCACGCCUCCGACGUAUGCUACCAAGACUGUGCACUCUACAUCGUGAACAACCACAAGGCGCAGGGAUUGCGACGGCGCGGAGAAGAUGACGGUGCGAAGAUGAGUCAGGCUGAAGUGGCCCCGAAACGUGAGGCGAAUUGAUUGAGACCUGGCGAUGCUCUCCGUCUUUGGCCAUGCCUUUCGUCAAGCACAGCCAGAGCGAUGAGCAGUUUGAAGCAUGGCGUUGGGCACGUCAAAGCAAGAGUGGAGAAGAGAUGCCAGGCUCAAUAGUUGGAAGCAUGACGUUGGCAUUUGCAGCCUAUCAAGCAAGCCAGAGUGGAAAGGAGCAGCCAGGCUCAACAGUUUGAAGCAUGACGUUGGCAAUCGCUGCCGGUGUGACGCCGUCAAAGCGAAUCGGAGUGGAUAGGCGACCACAUCAAAGCGAAUCAGAAUGGAGAGGAGGAGCCAGGCUCAACAGUUUGAAGUCAGACAUUGGCAAUCACAAUCGGUGUGACGCCGUCAAAGCGAAUCAAAGUGGAUAGGCGAGAAAUCAGAAUGGAGAAGAAAAGCCAGGCUCAACAGUGCGAAGCUGGACAUCGGUGUGACGCCAUCAAAGCGAAUCAGGGUAGAUAAGCCACCACAUCAAAGCGAAUCAGAAUGGAGAGCCAGGCUCAACAGUUUGAAGCGGGACAUUGGCAAUCGCAGCCGGUGUGAUGCCAUCAAAGCGAAUCAGAGUAGAGUGGAUAGGCGAUCGCAUCAAAGCGAAUCAGAAUGGAGAGGAAGGAAGGCUCAACAGCUGGAAGCAUGACAUCGGCAAUUGCAGCCGGUGUUGUGACGACCAUAUGAGGUGGCUAUCGUUUGCCAGGUCUUUCGUUAAGGGCACCGGAACGAUGACUAGUUUGACUACAUCAAAGCGUACCAGAGCUUUGCCACACAUAACGUUUCACCAUCCUUUCGCAGUUCACAUGAGUCUAUGAAUGGCGAAUCAAUGUCAUCCGUCGUGGUCUGAGUCCCUGUACCCCCCGCGAAACAAACAAAACCACAUCAACAGAAGGUUGUCAAACAGAGAAGGAAGAGCAACGCCUUUUCCAGCAGGAGCAGAACAAGGUUUGAAAGAGCAAGCAUCAUCUUCAUGAAGUUCUGAGACUGCUUGCACGGUUUGGUUCAUAGCCUCAUUUCGUCAGUUGGUUGUUCUUUUUAGGCGCAGCGCACGUCUCACCCAUUGAGGUUGUUUCUGGUUGGUUCUGGCACCUAGUGGCACCUAGGUAGGGCAUGUAUAGGAGCACAAGCACAAUGCUGUGCAAGAUCCUUUCGAAGUUCAUGGUCCGGAAUCAUGUUCAAGUGAGCCUGGAGGCCAAGGCGGAAGCAUGCCGUCGCAUCACUUCGGGUAGCGGGUAGCGAGAUUCUAUAUGGAGCUGCCAAUGAACCCUGCAACCAGCUCCAAGCUUCAAACCGAAGGACAAGCUGCGAAGUGCAUGCCCGUGCUCUUCAGCUUUCGCAUCGGCCUGUUUGGGGCUACAUGCUCUCCAGCGAUGAGGUCUGGGCAAGCCUUGUUCCACGUUCGCCGAGGGAGCUCAUCACAAUCCACAGUCUACAGUCCAAUCCACGAGCGUCUACCAAAGCCGGGAAUCUACAACAACCCACAUCGCACAUGUCGAAUCGAAACAGGAAAGAGGUCAUUGCCUUGUCUUGCGGCUCUCGGACGUCGAACCCCCCAAGGUGCCCAUCAUCCAUCGUUCGUCUCAGGGCUAGGUCUUCAAGCAUGGCUAUGGAAAGGAAGCAAACUCCUCAGGCUUAGGUGAUCUUUCCGGGACCGGCUUCGGGAUCUUCGGGAUCUUCGGGAUCUUCGGGAUCUUCGGGAUCUUUGCAGGAUCGCGGGAUCUCUCCAUCUUUGGGGUGGGAUGGGAGGAUGGGAUGGGCCAUGCGCCCAUGGCAGCGAACCAUGAGAGCAUGAACCCGCGAGUUGAGGUGUUUGCAGGUAGUCCGUGUCGAUGCGGGUCCAGAAGUGGGAGGAUGGGAUCAACUCGAUGGCGUGGUUCCUGAAGCUCCCAUGCAUCGCAGGAAUAGCAAGAGGGAUGAAGUAAGCAGCCGCAAAACCACUCACGUAGACAGGUGUCAUGCAGGUGCAGAAGAACUUGGGCUUCGACAUCCUGAAGAUGGUCCAAGUUGCUCAGGCACGGAUUCAGGUUAAAACCUUUCAGCUCGUUUGUUUAGUGACCACGAAACCUUGUCCGACCUGAACAUCCUGGCGAUCGGACUGAACUGACCGCGGGCUUCGGGGACAUCGACCGGUGAGGCAUGACGAGGACAUGUUUUGACAGGCUCAGGUGUGCUCAGGUCAAGUGUGGACUUCAGGCCAUGACAAACACGGGACUCAUGAGAAGCGGACGGAUGCGAAAAGGUGAACGCAGUGCUUUGCCUUCUGGGCAUGGCCAUUGUGCAAGGG